CUUCUUAAGAACCCUCUAGAACCUACACUCUAAACUUCAAACUAAAGGCUUUCCUAGAAAUUUCUACACUAUUCUCUAUUCUACUCUAGUCAUCAUCUUCUAAAUCCAAUCAAUUUUCUCAUUUCAAAGUAACCCUGAAUUUUUGAGAGAAGAAUUAAGCAAAAAUGGCGGAUGAUUUUUCACUGGACUUGGAAGAGCUUCGCAACCUGCAAUCCAUUGCUAAGAGACCUCGCGUCAUCUAUCUCAUUUCCUCUGAAAUUCACAACUUAGAAAAGUUGUCAAAAGAAAAAGCUUCUUCUUCAGCUCCCCAGCAUCCUACUCCAAUUCCUAUGGCAACAACAAAGGUGCCUUACACUCCCACACAGACAUAUACUACUCUUUCAUCUUUCAGCUGGGAACAGGACAAUGAUAAAGUAAAGAUAUAUCUGUCUCUAGAGGGAGUGCAGGAAGAAAAGAUGGAGAAAAACAUCAGCCCAAAUUCUAUUGAGUUCAAGUUUCAUGAUGUGCAGGGGAAAAUUUAUCAAUUUGCCAUACCCAAAUUUAAUAAAGAUAUUGUUCCAGACCAAACCAAAGUCAUGAUCAAGCCCACAAGGGUAAUUGUGCAUUUGGUCAAAGCUUCGAAAGGGAGUUGGCAAGAUUUGCAUUACAAAGAGGACAAGCUGAAGCCAAAUCUAGACAAGGAAAAGGAUCCUAUGGCUGGUAUAAUGGAUCUUAUGAAGAAUAUGUAUGAGGAAGGGGAUGAGGAAAUGAAGAAAACCAUUGCUAAAGCUUGGACUGAUGCAAGAUCAGGGAAGACUGCCGAUUCUCUGAAGGGAUACCGUUGAAGAUCUGUAGGUUAUCAGAAAGUGCAUAGGCAUCAGUUAGGGGAUUCUGAUCCAUUUUUGUCACAUUAUUUGGGAUUUUGCUCGCAUAACUUUCUAAAUUGCAUCCUUGGGCUCUUAGCUGUAGACGUUCUCUGCUUUCUGGCUGUCUUCGACCUUGUUGGGGUUUGAAUGGAACCGGGAAAGGGAUUUUAUGUUGUAUGACUUGUAUCUACUAUCUAGGCUACUUUCAUAAUACUCUCGCAAUUUCAUCCAACAAGCUUGUUUGAAAGGUUUGAAACUUCAAACUUCUUAAUUGUCUUUUUCAA